UUGAAAUCCUUCACAAAAGCAAAACCAACUUGUCCUCCACUUUGAUGGUUUCCUUUCCCAUUAGCAGUAGCAGCGUAACAUUGAAUAUCAACCAUGGGGAACUGCUUGGCUCUACAAGAGAAGGUAGAGAAGGUUAUCAAGGUGAUGAAAACAGAUGGUAAGGUCCUUGAAUACCAAGAACCAUUAAGAGUUCAUCAAGUUUUAUCCGAAUUCGCCGGCCACGCAAUCUCCGAUACCCUUCCGGUACUCCGGCAUCUUCAUCCCAAUACUCAAAUGAUCAGUGGCCGUAAUUAUUAUCUUCUUCCACCACCCUUACCAUCAUCCGGCAGCUGCGAGUUACCGGUUGCAUCGAAUCCGAUAACGACGGAGCCUACUGGGCAUGGAAAUGGUGUUGUGAGGGUUAAGAUAGUCAUCACCAAACAGAAGCUGGAGGAGAUGUUAAGAAAAGAAGGCCUCUCAGUUGAUGAGAUUAUCUCUCACCUUCAAAAUGGACAAAGCAAAGGAAAAGAUGUUGGUAAUUGUGAUGAUGAAAGUAGAAGUUCAUCAAGAGUUUGGAAGCCUGUGCUGGAAAGCAUACCAGAAGGAAUAACUGAUGUAAACUAUUGAGAUUUGUGAAACCCUAUUAGCUUUCUUUCAAAAAAACUAGAAAAGUAGAGAAGAAUGUAGAUGAAGUGGCUUGUAGUGUAGUUUUCUCUUGUCUUUGCUUUUCAGCAAGAAGUGAACCCACCAUAGAAAAGAUAUGUUAGUUAUAGAA